UGUGCUUCCGGUCAAAGAGCAUGUUUUUUGCUCCACGAAAUCAUCUCAUUUCUCCUUUUCAGUCCAAAAAAUCCCGCAUGUACAUUCAAAAAAUGAUCUACUGGACAACAAGUAUCAAUACAAGAUGAUGAGACUGUGGAAAUAAGAUUGAAACAGCAAGGAGAUUAACCCAGUCAACAUGCUUGGGAGUAAAACACUUUGGGGUGGAUUGAAACAGGUGUUGCAUUCCUGCAGACUCCCUGCAACCAGUAAUGGUUCAUCCAUUGGCCAAUUAAGAUGGGCUACACAUACCAGUAAACUGAAAACUAGACGGCAGAAACCAUAUGGAAUUCGGAGUAAAAGGAAUAGUUUACCAUUGAUUGCUCAGGUAAAUGGAAUUGGUCCUAGUCUUCCAGAGUUCGAAGAUGUUGAACAAAGGUUGAAAGAGAUUGAUGAGAGACUUGACAGAUUGAAAGACAGUGAAUCCCAUGGUGAUGAAAACUAUCAUGUUUUUGUUUCUGACAUCAAAAACCAGAUUCAUGCAACCUAUUCAAAACUGAAAGAAACUGUUGGUGACGAGCAUUUUGAGGAAUUAAAUGAGGCGUUGGCUGAGAAGACGAAAUUGAAAAAAAGGUUCAAAAGUCGCAGAGCGGAACCUAGACCCACCAAUGAUAUGGAUUAUGGUACUCCAGACCCAACAGUGUCCAUGAGUGAAGUCCCAUGCCAUGGUUGUGGAGCACUCCUUCACUGCCAAGACCAAAACAUUCAGGGUUACAUCCCCAGUCAAAAGUUCAUACCGCUUGAAAGAGAAGGACUUGAAAAGACAUUGUGUCAGAGGUGUCACUUAUUGAAAAAUCAUAACAUUUGUCUAAACAUUCGAAUGGAUCCUAAAGAAUUUGAGCGAAUUAUACAGGAAAUCCGCCCCAAAGUAGCCUUAGUGAUUGUGAUUGUUGACUUAGUGGACAUGCCCAAUAGUAUCAUAAGAAAUUUAUUGGAGAUGGUUGGGCACAAGCAUCAUUUUUACAUUGUGGGAAAUAAAGUGGAUUUACUUCCAAGGGAUGGACAAGGGUUCUUAGAUCGUGUUCGUAGAAGUUUGGAGAGGUCAUGUGCUGAUUAUGGGCUGAAUGGAAAGUGUGUCAGACAUACUUGCCUUGUGAGUGCCAAAACUGGAUAUGGUAUUGAGGAACUUGUGACAAAGCUGUUCAGCCAGUGGGAUAGAAAAGGUGAUGUAUAUCUUAUUGGCAGUACUAAUGUUGGCAAGUCAUCUCUUUUCAAUGCCAUGUUAUCGUCGGAUUAUUGCCGUUCUAGAGCCAGGGAAUUAAUCAGUCGUGCUACAACAUCGACAUGGCCAGGGACAACUCUGAGUCUUCUGAAGUUCCCCAUCUCAAGGCCAUCAAGAAAGGGGCUUUUCAACCGCACCCAACGGCUCAUCAACAGCAGGAAUGAGGCAGCACAGGAGGCUAAGAUGGCACGGAAGGAACGCGAGGUUGAUAAACUGCCUCGAACAGACAGGUGGAAAUCAUUGAUAGGUUUCAUUGGCACAACAGUUGACUACGCACCAGAUGUCAAACCAGAUGCGUCAUUGGACAAGGGCCUCCACCCCAGUCUUGUGUCAUUCUCCAUGAAGGAUGAAGAGUUAACGCCGAGCGAGUAUGAUCAAGAUAAACUCCAGCAACAACUCCUAAGGAAACGUACAGAGGAAUUGUAUGAAACUUCCAAAUGGUGCUUUGAUACCCCUGGUGUUAUACAGCCUAAUCAGGUGAUUAACUACCUAACUCAGCGAGAGCUUUCCAACCUCAUCCUGUCGAAGUCGCUCCUCAUACCAAGGACGUUCAUCCUUCACCCAGGGAAGACGCUAUUUGUGGGUGGGUUGGGAAGGAUAGACUAUUUGGAGGGUAUCACCUAUAUCCUGCUGACUGUCCACUCAGCCCUCCCAGCCCUUUUUGUGUCAACAGACAAAGCUAAUACAUUCUAUGAAGAGAAUGUUGAUACCGGGCAAUUCAAGGUUCCUGUGAGAAAGUCAGACCGGUUACCACCGCUCACAGGACAAGACUUCGACGUGACUGGUAUCAACUGGAAGGAGAGCGCAGCAGAUGUGGUGUUAUCUUCAGCAGGUUGGGUGUCUGUCACAACUGGAUUUCAGCGCGUCGCUCAUUUGAGGUGUUUUACACCCGGUGAAAAGGGUCUUUGUAUUCGGAAACCUGCAUUGUUACCGUUUGCUGUCAACCAGAGGGGAAAAAGAGCCAAGGGUCUACCAAUGUAUGAGAUCAGAGAGUGAAACAUUUGAUAUAUCAGGCCUAAAGACUGUAAACUGCCUGCAAAUGCAUCCAUUGGACCGGUUAAAACAAGUUUUGUUGUUUGUGUAUUUUGUGUGAAGAUCCCCACCAUAAAUCAAUCUACGAGUA